AUGGUAGGAUCGCUCGGCCUGAGAGACCCUAGGGAGGGCCAAACUUGGAGCCUAAUGACAAAAGAAAUGAACAAAUUCUGCAAUGGGGCAACUGAGAUUCUGGUCACUCUGGUUUUCGUGAAAGAGCUGACUGGGUGUGUUUGCGGUGUGAAAGAUGCAGCUAAGCCUGCUCGCCACAUCUCAUCGGGGCAUUUGAGAGGAUCGUCUGAACGGGCGUUCAGCCCAUGUCAAGCUGAAAGUGACAGCCGGUCAACCGUUCAGUUUCUCCAGUCCGUACACCUGCCCCGUCGGCCUUCAUGGGUUGAGAUGGUCUUAGAAUUGGCGCCUACAAAUUGGCAAACUUAA